UGGUCUUGUGGAGGAGUGGAUAGGAGUCGAGCGUUACCGCUGCUGUCAGUGACAUUGAGCUCGUGAAAAUACUCUUCACUGGAACUAUGACUCGAAUAUCAGUCUGUCUGAACCUGCUAGAGCUGAACUAAAGACACUGAAGGUGCUACGGGUGUUUGUCUCGGGAUAUUUCACGUGCUUUAGACACGUUUAAUCCGUGUUGAUUUCAGUCUCGUGGAUGAGAGGAUUGGAGUCGCGCGCUGCUGCUGCUGUCUGUGACUGGUCUCGUGGAAGUCGUGACUCUGAUAUCAGUGUAUGUUAAGCGAGUUUUAAAAUGAUCAUUACAUUUUAUCAAGACUCCGAUUUGAGUUUAACUCGAACAGCGUAGGUCAUCGGUCACUGCAGGAGCAAAUGCUGGGCAGCUGAUACAGCUUAUUUGAUCGUCACAGUUUUAUAUAAACGCUUACACGCACUGUCAGUGAGAUGUCUCUGGUUUUCCCGCGACCCAAUACCAGUGUGAUCGGCAAGAAGGACAAGCGACUCAUGGCUGAGGUGAACGCCUCUCCGCUCAAACACUUUGUCACCGCCAAGAAGAAGAUCAAUGGCAUCUUUGAACAGCUGGGCGCCUACAUCAAAGAAAGCUCAGCCUUUCUGGAAGAAACCUACAGCAAUGAAGAACUGGAUCCUGUUACCACAGAGGAGCAGGUGGCAGAGGUGCGGGGAUACCUGUCCAAAGUGGCAGGGAUUGGGGAAGUCUUGUCCCGGAGACACAUGAAGGUGGUCUUCUUUGGCAGAACCAGUAAUGGGAAGAGCUCUGUCAUUAACGCCAUGCUCUGGGACAAAGUGCUGCCAUCUGGAAUUGGACACACCACCAACUGCUUCCUACGGGUGGAAGGCACAGAUGGAAAUGAGGCUUUCCUGCUCACCGAAGGAUCGGAUGAAAGAAAGAGUGUUAAAACGGUGAAUCAGCUGGCCCAUGCCUUACAUCAGGAUGAGGAUUUGGAUGCAGGCAGUCUUGUGUGUGUCAUGUGGCCUAAAGCAAAGUGUGCAUUGCUACGUGAUGACCUGGUACUUGUGGACAGCCCUGGCAUCGAUGUCACAACAGAGUUGGACAGCUGGAUUGACAAAUUCUGCCUUGAUGCUGACGUUUUUGUGCUGGUGGCCAAUUCAGAGUCCACUUUAAUGCAAACAGAAAAAUCAUUCUUUCACAAAGUGAACGAGCGCCUCUCCAGCCCCAAUAUCUUCAUCCUGAACAACCGCUGGGAUGCCUCAGCCAGCGAGCCCGAGUACAUGGAAGAGGUGAGACGGCAGCACAUGGACCGCUGCAGUAGUUUUUUAGUGGAUGAGCUGCGGGUGGUGGACCGAGCUCAGGCCAGUGAUCGGAUCUUCUUCGUCUCUGCUAAAGAAGCUCUUCAGGCACGUGUCCAGAAAGCCCAGGGAAUGCCUGAAGCAGGUGGUGCUCUGGCUGAAGGUUUUCAAGCGAGAAUGUUUGAGUUUCAGAAUUUUGAAAGGCGUUUUGAGGAGUGCAUCUCCCAGUCAGCAGUGAAGACUAAGUUCGAGCAGCACACAAUGAGAGCCAAGCAGAUUUCUGAAGCUCUGCGUCUGAUCAUGGACUCUGUGCACAUUGCAGCUCAAGAGCAGAGGAUUCAUUGUUUAGAGAUGAAGGAGGAGAGGGAGGACAGGCUGGAGUUCAUCGAUAAACAGCUGGAUCUGCUCACUCUGGACUGUAAGAGCAAAAUCAAAAAGAUCACAGAGGAGGUGGAGAAACAGGUAUCUAAUGCUAUGGCAGAGGAGAUCCGGAGACUGGCUGUACUAGUGGAUGACUUCCACAUGGACUUUCAUCCUUCACAAGUGGUGCUCAAAGUAUACAAGAACGAGCUCCACAGGCACAUAGAGGACGGUCUUGGCAGGAAUAUGUCAGACAGAUGCUCCAGUGCGAUAACUGUAGCGCUGCAAUCCACACAGACUGAAAUGAUAGAGGGUCUGAAGCCCUUGCUGCCCAUCGGCAUUCGAGAGCAGGUGGAUAAGAUUGUGCCCAGACAGUGCUUCGCCCUCAGCUACGACCUCAACUGUGACAAACUCUGCAGCGACUUCCAGGAAGACAUCAGCUUUCACUUCUCCCUGGGAUGGACCAUGCUGGUCAACCGUUUCCUGGGUCCCAAAAACACACGCCGCGCUCUCAUGGGCUACAAUGACCAGGUUCCCAGGCCCCUGGCCAUCACUCCAGUCAGCACUAGUAUGCCACCUUACCCUCAAGGAUCCAUGACCCAGGAAGAGCUUAUGGUUUCUAUGGUGACAGGAUUGGCAUCACUCACCUCUCGGACAUCAAUGGGCAUUAUAGUUGUUGGAGGAGUGAUCUGGAAAGCAGUGGGCUGGAGGCUCAUUGCUCUGUCUGUGGGUCUCUAUGGACUGCUGUACGUGUAUGAGAGACUCACAUGGACCACUAGGGCCAAAGAAAGAACGUUUAAAAGACAGUUUGUGGACUACGCCAGUGAGAAACUACAGCUCAUCGUCAGCUACACGGGGUCCAACUGCAGCCAUCAGGUUCAGCAGGAGCUGGCCAGCACCUUCUCUCAGCUGUGUCAGCAGGUGGAUGUGACCAGACAGCAGUUGGAGGAUGAGAUUCGGGAUUUGAACAGCAAGAUCGAACAGUUGGACUCCCUGCAGAGUAAAGCCAAACUGCUCAGGAAUAAAGCUGGUUGGCUGGACAGUGAGCUAAACAUGUUUACCCAGCAGUACCUUCAGCAGGGUCGAUAGAGAUUCUGUCUGAAGCAACUGUUUGAGCGUGUAGAGCAGCUCAUCUCCCACUGCUGCACUUUUAAUAUCUACUGCAGAUAAUCUAACACUUAGCCACGCUUUCAACCAUUUAUUUGAGCAUACCAAAUAUUGGUCAUUUCAUGUUUUGUUUUGUUUUUUGCCUUUGAGAGUAGUGACAUGUGCCACUUUAAAGAGAGCUUCCUUUUGUUUUUGUACACACUGUUUCUUUUGUAUUUAAUACAGGGUAAUUAUUUAUUCUUGACAUAAGAGGUCGUGUAAAGUGGUUGAUCUCUUUGUAGAUUGUGUUAUAUAAAUUCCCAUAUACAUUUUCUUAGCAUGCCACAGCAAGUUGCGAAAAGUGAGAUGUCCAUUUUAAGCGGUCUCUCACGUGCCUUGUAUUUAGUCUGACGGUGUGCAGUAUGCCGAUGAACUUAAUGUGGCAUUCUCUUCUUUGGUCUUUGUCACAACUCUAUAAUGUUUGACAUAUGUAACGUUAUGUAAGCGUAAUGCAGUGUCUCCAUUCCAGUUGUUUGCAAAGUCUGGGAUCUGAUUCUUUGCUAGCAUGUGGCGGACUCUCACUGGGAUGCUGUAAGGAGGUUGAUCUCUUCUUUACUGGAGUCUGUUGGAAUUCAGUGAAAAUGAAAGCUGAGUACUGUCAGUUUCAUCCUCAAUUACUCGUAAAUUAGCAAAUAUAAAUUAUAUUUCUGUCACCCUGUUCCCAAAGUCAUGAUCUGUCUGACACUUUUGGCAACAUUUAAAAAAAAUUAAGUAUUUUUUUUGAGUAAUGUGACUUAAUGAAAUCAGCGAUUUUCUGGUGCCUCUUUAGUUUUUUUCUUCCAUAACUGCACCAUUUUGCUACUAAUCAUUUGUUUAGUAGCAAUGUGGGAUAAAUGAAUAUUAAUAUAACAUGGUAUUUAUGAAUUGAAAAGGAAAACUAGCUUUAUGUAAACCUGGACACCAGUUAAGCUAAGCAUAUAAUUACAAGUUCAUCAUACAUUUAUUCCAACUCUGACGUCCACAUUUGAAAUCUGUGAGAUCUGACUGUAAAUGUAUGUGAUCCAUUACUAACCUGUUAGUUCCUUACAUAUGUAUGGUAUAGUGUAUGGUAACAUGUUUAGUUUGGAUUAUGAUGUGUGCCAAGUGUUGAAGAAAGUGAUCUGGAGAGCUCUUGUGAUGUGCACUUUAUAUUUUGCUGCUUUUCGUCUUUAUUUCCAGCAGGUUUAUUAGAAAGAGAAUGGUACACUGAGCUAUGUCAACAGUAAUGUAUAGAUGAGCAUGCCGACCGUUGUAAUUUAUUGUCAUUCACUAUUACUGUUAGAGGAAAUAAUAAAGUGACACUGUUGAACAAUGAACAA